GGGGCCGGUCCGUGCCCGGGGCGGUGCCCGCGUUCCGCGAUGCUGGUGGCGCUGGUGGCCGUGGCCGUGGCCCUGGCUGUGGCCAUGGCUGUCCCCGCAUUACGGCACCGUUUAAUCCAUUCCGCGGUGCGCCGCGUCGGGGCCCGGUACCGGCGGCGGCUGGAGGCUCCGGACAGCCAUGUGCGGCUGAGGCAGGAGCGGCGGCUGCGGCGCCUGCUGGGCACCGGCAGGGCCGGCGGCUGGGAGGAGUUCCAGGAGCAGCACCCCUUGGGGCAGCCCUGUAAGGACGAAGCGCCGGCAGCUCCGCUUCCUCCACCGUAUCUCUGGGCUUUGCUGCCCAGCUGCUGCGACACCGACCCCCGGCUGCAGGGCUCCCUGCUCUACCUGGAUGCUCUCGGCGCCGCCUUUCCACGGGCUCUGACCCGCCGGGGCACGGCCGUGCUGCACUGGAGCCCCGGCUGUCCCCGCGCCCCGGCGGGGUGGCCGCUGCCCACCCUGUACUGCACCCCGGCCGCGGCCGCCGUGCUGCCCUCUCGGGCCGCAGCGCUGCGGCUGCAGCUGCUCUUCGCCCUGCGGCGGCGUGCCCUGCAUGUGCUGGAGGCCGGGCUGGCAGCCGAGCUGCGCGACGCGCUGCUGACCCUGCGCACGGAAUGGCCGCGGCUGGCGCAGGAGCUGGAGCUGGGCAGGCUGAGCCCCCAGCCCGGCCUGCCCGAGGAGCUGCGGGAGGAGCUGCAGGCGCUGCUGAGCCCUGCUGUGGCCCGGGCGACCGAGCUCCGUGAUCAGUGUGCCCACGGCUUUGAGGGCAUCGUGCCGCGGCUGUGGCCGCGGCUGGAGGUGGUGGUGGUGAGAACGAUGUGCGGCACGGAGCGGCUCUACUGCGACUCCCUCCGCCGGGCCGACUGCCGGGGGCUGCCCUUCUACUGCCCCUUCUACCAGGCAGCAGGAGCCCUGCUUGGUGUGAACCUGUGGCCAGCGGAGCCAGUGCCCCGAUUCGUGCUGUGCCCUGACUGGGCUUUCUGCGAGUUCCUGCCCUGCCCGGCCAGCAAGGAGGCACGGACGGUGCUGCUGGAUGAGCUCUGGGAGGGCCGUGAGUACGGGCUGGUUGUGACAGCUCAGCCAGGAGAGUACAGGUGCCGUACUGGGGAGGUGCUGAAGGUGACAGGCUUCCACAAGCAGUGUCCUGUGGUGGAGCCUGUGCGCAGGGAGAGCCAGACACUGAAUGUGAGAGGCGAGAGCAUCCCUGAGGAGCAGUUCUGCCAGAGCCUGUGCCGCACCCUGAGCCUGUGGCCGGGUGCUUGCCUUGUUGACUAUGUCUGUGUGGAGAGCAGCCUGCUGGGUGACUCCUCAGGGCCCUGUGCCCCUCACUACGAGGUGUUCCUGGAGCUGCAGGGCCUGCGGGACCUGUCGGAGGUGCAGCGCUACAAGCUGGACCAGUGUCUCCAGGAGGAUUUCCCCGUCUACAAAUCCUUCCGCUUCAAGGGCAGCAUCGGGCCCCUGCGCCUGCACCUGGUGAGGCCCAGGAGCUUCGCCCGCCUGCGGGAAGCGCUGGGCUCCCCCGUGCCCAUGCCCAGGGUCCUGCGUGAGGAGCAGCUGCUGCAGCUCAUCCAGGGAGCAGUCAUCUCCUAGGGCAGCCUUGGCACCCCGCAGCCCUUCCUGCCUGGCAUGCACCCUCUGAGGAGGGGCCGUGUCCCCGGGGUGGGAGGGUGUGGGGUCAAGGUGCUCAUCCCCAAGGGCUUGCCUGAGUGGAGCAAAUGGAGACAGUGAGCUUGACCGUGAUCCGUGGCAGCAGCUGGCACCACUCACUGAUGCUGUGGAGGUGGAGCAGGAGCUUGGGAGCCUCGGGGGGCAACUGCAGGACCCCCUCACUCAGUGCCUUGGCAGCACCUGCAGCCACAGUGCAGUGUGUGCCUGUCCCAAGGGACACCACAGCCCAUGGCUGAUACUCAGUGGAAACCUGCAGCAGCAGCAGCAGCAGGAGAGCCGUGCCUCAUCACUGGGGUCCUGUGGCAUUUUGUCCCCUGUCAGGGACACUGCAGGCAGGGCUCAGGGGGCUGCUGGUGGCAGGUGUCACAGAGCAGCCCCAGUGCAUGUCCACUGGUUUAAGAGUAAGCUCCGGUGAGGGCUGCUUUUAAUGCUUUGAAAACCAAAUGCAAAAUAAAGGAGGAUUAUCUUUUUGAAAUAAAUAAAGGACCGCACUCUGGGAUUGAU